UAAUGGAAGAAGUAUGAAAAUCAUUAACUCUAUAGGAUUUACAUUUUAAGAUUUAGAUGUAAGAAAUGCCAUCAGCUCCAACCAAACCAUUAAUUUAAACAUCAACAGACGAACCAACUAAACUUUCUGUAGCCUCAACUUCAGAAUCAAUUCCUCUUUAAACAUCAAACUAUGAUUUAAAUCGUGCAUCACAUCCAAAAGCCUGCAUUUUUACAUUUUUAUUUAAAGGACUUGCAUUAUUAUUUUAUCUUAUAUUUGGUGAGAGUAUUUGGUCAUUCAUUUUGGUGAUAAUAUUUUCAGCAUUUGAUUUUUGGACAGUUAAGAAUAUAACUGGAAGGUAUUUAAUUAUUUAUUAAAUAUAGAUUGUUAGUUGGUUUAAAAUGGGAGAAUAUAAUUUUGGAAGAUGGAACUUCAAAAUGGGAGUUUUACUCUAUGCCAAAUAAAUAAAUUAAUACAGUUGAUAAGACUUUCUUUUGGACUGCUCAAUUAGGAUUUACUUUAGCAUGGGCAAUAUUUACUUUUUCAAAUAUGAUUUCAUUUACAUUGAUGAAAGUAUUUAUAUUUGAUUGAUUAAAUUAGUUUGUUAUAGACAUAAUUGGAUUAUCAUUAUGUUGGACAAAUUUGUUUGGUUACUAUAAAUGUAAUGGAGAUCAUAAAAAGAAAAUGAAAGAUUUGUAAGGUGACAUUACAAAUAAAGUAGUUACUUAAUUUGUUGGAUAAAUGAUGUCUAAAUGA